AUUGGCGGCUGCGCGUUGUUACGUUGCGCCGGGACCAGCCUUGCCUCGGUCGGGCGAGCGGCGGGGCGCCGGCUCGCUAUGGAGUUCGCCGAGCUGAUCAGGACCUCGACCGUGGACGACGUGGUUCUGUGCCGGCCCCUGGCGCGGCCGGUCAGAGGCACCCUGUGCGUUACCAGCCACCACCUGCUGCUGUCAUCGCGGGCCGGCGACCGGGAGGAGCUCUGGCUGCUCAUCACCAACAUCGAUGCCGUCGAAAAGAGUUUCAGACCACAGACUCUAUCUGGCCACACAUGGAGACGCAGAGCUUGGGACGGGGGAGAUUUGCUGGGUCUUCGAGGGGUAAUAAACCGUAAGUGUAAAGACCUGUGCAUCUGGUACCUGGAGAUACCAGGAAUGGAAGAAUGCUUAAACAUUGCCAAGCUCCAUUGAGCACUGUCGUCCCUGGAGUCCGUCGGUCACACGUACCCCUUCUUCUACCGACCAAAGAAAGUGAGCCUGCAGCAUAGGCUGGGACAUGGUGCACUCCUGAAGACCUCCAUCAGUGAUGCAGCACUGAAGGCUGUGGCAAGUUUCGGCAAGGUGACCGUUCCAGUGCUCAGUUACUAUCACACGAGGAAUGGAAUGGUGAUUAUGCGGAGCAGCCAGCCACUGACUGGUGCCAAUGGGAAGAGGUGUAAGGAGGAUGAGCGUCUCUUGGCUGCCGGCUCCCAGCAGGGACGGAGGGGUACAUCAUCGACACACGCUCCGUACAAGGCAGCACAUCAGGCCAAAGUCAAGGGUGGCGGCUGGGAAUCGAAAGGGAACUACCCCAACUGGAAAAGACUGCACAAACCCAUAGACAGAGGCAGAGUGCUGCAGGACAGCCUGGUUAAGUUGGUUGAAGCUUGCAAUGACCAGUCCAAUAGCAUUGACCGCUGGCUCAGUAAACUGGAGGCUUCAAAGUGGCUGUCUCACGUGAAAACCGUACUGACAACUGCCUGCCUCGCUGCACAGUGUGUGGACAGGGAGGAAGCGUGUGUUCUGAUCCACGGAUCUGAGGGCAGGGACUCUGUACUGCAGCUCACAUCGCUGGCACAGGUCAUCCUGGACCCGGACUGUAGGACCAUCAGUGGCUUCCAAGCACUCAUUGAGCGGGAGUGGCUCCAGGCGGGACAUCCAUUCCAGCUGCGCUGUGCCAGAUCGGCCUACUCCCACAACAGGCCGAAGCACGAGGCUCCCGUCUUCCUCCUCUUCCUGGACUGCUGCUGGCAGAUGAGCUUCCAGUUCCCCUGCUCCUUCCAGUUCAACCAGCACUUCCUCAUCACGCUCUUCGAGCACGCCUACGCCUCGCGCUUUGGGACCUUCCUGUGCAACUCUGAGGAGGAACGGUCUACCCUUAAGGUGAAGGAGCAGACCAUAUCCCUCUGGGCACAGAUGAACAGCCCGAGUGAGCGUGAACAAUACAUAAAUCCACUGUAUGAAAGAAACAACCUCACCAUUUGGCCUUCGGUAGCACCACAGAGCUUACAGCUUUGGCAGGGAUUGUUCCUCAGAUGGAAGCAAUCAUCAGAACACCAGACUGAGGCCUGGGAGCAGAUAAAUCACAUCAUGGGACAUGACAGGAGAAAACUGACCCCAGCAGAUUCAGAAACGCCGGCACCAAAGGAAAACCAGACCGGAAACAGGGAAUCUGCAGACCUCCGUGCUCGGGUGACGGGAGAGACUUACAGCACUCAGCACCUUUAAAGACAGCUUCACCCUUUCAAGGUCACUGCCAACUGCACAAUGUCAGAAGGACUAUGUUACAAAUGGGGCCUUACCCACACACAGAUCGAGGAAGGAAAGCACUGACGGAUAAAAAACUGUCUCUGUCCUGGGAAAUGUGAAUAUUUUUGAAUAAAGGUUAAAAAAUCA